UAUUGGAUUAAAAAUGCAUAUCCAGAAAUAGAAACAGUUGCUUCUAGAAUUUUUGAUAUUUGUAUUAAUGUUACAUCAGUUGAAAGAUUAUGGAAUAUGGCAAAAUUAUGUGCAGGUAUUAUUUAUAAUAGAAAAUUUUAUAAAGAAUCUAUUGUAUCUAAUAUUAUAAAUUCUACUUUAGAAACUAAAAUACAAGAUAAUAAUUUAGAAACUGAAACACAAGAUAAUAAUUCAGAAAUUGAAAUACAGGAA